UGCCAUUGGGGAAGCACUUGUCAGGUUAUUGUGUUACUGGUUUUGAUGUUUACAGUAAUGUUCUGUUUUCAAAAACAUUAAUGUUUCUUUCUUGAAGAAAAUUAGAACUUGCAUUUAGAUUUAUCACAAUGAAAACUGAAAGUACAAGUAGGUCGAAUAGAAAAGCUUCCAUCGACGAAAAGGAAAACAUUAAAAAUACAAGAAAAACCCUUAAAAUAAUCCAAGAAUCUGCUAUCGAUAAAGAGAAUCUCGUUGGACGUUCAAAGUCUGUAAAAGAUACCAAAUUGGCUGCAAACUCAACUGGAGGCACGUUUAAAGCAAAGAAACCAGUAAUUUUGGUAGAUAAAGGAGUGCAAACUGGGGAGACUGUUAUAACAGCUGCAGAUUUAAUAUCAGAUGAACCUGGAAUUGACUAUUGGAAGACAUUAGCAGAGCAACGGAAAGUAGCCUUAGAUGAAAGUUUGGAAGAGAAUGGAAGGUUGAAGGAUGUUAUUGAAUCACUGGAGGAAGAGAACAAGAUCUGUAAAGAAAUGCUGAAUGAAGCCAAAGAAUUAGUAGCAGUACUACAAGAAAUGAUGGACGAUAGAGAUGAAAACACUGAAGAUUUUGAAGUAGAGUCAUAAAAUUAUGAUCAGUUUAUGUGUAUAUUGACGUAACUAAUUGUCUAGUUAUUUAGUUAAGCGUAGUUAUCACAGUCAUUGUAUUAAGUCGAUAAGAGUGUACUUUUAAUUAAUUAUUUUUGAUACAAUAAAUUUUUUAUGAUUA